AUGGAUCUGGCGGAGGUUGAGUUUCUCGCGGAGAAAGAGAUUGUGAAAAUCAUCCCAAACUUCAGUCUUGACAAAAUCUAUUUAAUCGGGGGUGAUCUUGGUCCAUUUAAUCCAGGUCUGCCAGUAGAUGUUCCCGUAUGGUUGGCGCUCAAUCUUAAACAGAGACAGAAGUGCAGGAUUGUUCCUCCAGAAUGGAUGGACACUGACAAACUGGAGAAGAUUCGAGAACAGGAAAGAAAACUGGACACUUUUUCUCCUAUCCUGAGUCCAUAUUACAUGGAGCUGACAAAAUUAAUACUCAACCACGCUGCAGAUAACAUUCCUAAAGCUGAUGAGAUCCGUACGCUGGUGAAGGACAUCUGGGAUACACGCAUCGCCAAACUCCGACUUUCUGCCGACAGUUUCAUCAGCCAGCAGGAGGCGCAUGCGCGGCUGGAUAACCUCACGCUGAUGGAGAUCAACACCACACGUUCAUUUUUGCUGGAUUCUUUGAACUACAUGUACAAACUGCACUCAAACCUGCAGCCAGGCAGAACUCGUGACUACUGAGGUGCUCUCAAACACCGGACUCGCUCUUACAGGACUGAUGUCAUUUUCAGCCUCAUGCUCAAGGGCUCAAGUUUGCCCUCAUGUUCUAUAGCAGAUAUCUUGUGUUUUUUUUUUUUUUUUUCUUCAUGGAAUUUGAGCCUUUGAAUGAGGUUAUAAUGGUUCAUUUGAAAUAAGAUGUUGUGGUUGCUGUAGAGAUCAUGUUUGUGUCUGCUAUUGUUCCAAAAAAUUUACUGGAGAGGAUUUUGUGUGAUUAAUCUUCUGUUUUAAACACAUUUAUGAAACACUUUACCAGCCCAGUCUGGAGCCAUUUUUUCACCACAGUGCAUGUUUGACAAUGGAAUUGUUUGUUGAUCUUUUGUAGUUUGAUUAUGUUUGGCAUCAUUAAUCAUCACUGUUUAUGGUGACUUUUCAAAUAUCAGGAUGAUUUCCAUUUAUACCUGCAGUGUGAAAAUAGAUGACUGAUGCUGGACUGUUACUGUAACAGAUGAGUAAAAACCCUUAAUGAAUGGUUGAA